AUGGACUACACCAUGGAAGAUACCCAGAACUCAGCCCCAGACGCAUUGGAAGCUACCAAGCUGAAUUCCACCACCCAACGCAAUGACACGCAGAGCGUCACUAAGCGCCUGCAAGCUGAGUUGAUGCAGCUCAUGCUCUCCCCAUCACCUGGUAUCUCCGCUUUCCCCGAUGCCGAUGGUAACCUCCUCUCCUGGACGGCGACUAUCACCGGUCCGACCGAGACUCCCUACGAUGGCUUGACUUUAAAACUCUCCUUCGCCUUUCCCAACAACUACCCCUACUCGCCUCCGACGGUCCUAUUCAAAACCCCAAUCUACCAUCCUAAUGUCGACUUCUCGGGCCGGAUCUGUCUGGAUAUUCUGAAGGACAAAUGGAGUGCCGUAUACAAUGUGCAGAGUGUGUUGUUGAGCUUGCAAAGUCUUCUCGGCGAGCCGAACAAUGCGAGCCCACUGAACGCUCAAGCAGCUGAAAUCUGGGACUCCGACCAAGAAGAAUUCAAGCGUCACGUAUUGGCAAGACACAAGGAUCUGGACGAUGACUAA